GUGAGUCACAUCCCAAGUUCGAGUGAAUCUAGUCAUCAGUGUGCGUCUACAGACCACCAACAAGUGAUACAAAUAGUGAUUAAUCUCCCGUUUUUUGUGAAUGUGCCUGAUCCUGUGCUAGAGCAACAAGUGGAAAGUGCCAAAAUGACCGGUAAUACCGGUAUGGAACAACUGAUUCCUAUUGUAAACAAAUUGCAGGAUGCAUUCGGCCAAUUGGGAGUUCACUUGACUUUAGACUUGCCGCAGAUUGCUGUGGUGGGGGGUCAAUCUGCAGGCAAAAGUUCUGUUUUGGAAAAUUUCGUCGGCAGAGACUUCCUACCAAGAGGAACAGGAAUAGUAACUAGAAGACCACUCAUUUUGCAGUUGAACAACUCAAAAUUUGAAUAUGCCGAAUUCUUGCACAAUAAAGGCCAAAAAUACACGGAUUUUGAAGAGGUUCGGAAGGAGAUCGAAGCUGAAACAGAUCGAGUAACGGGUAGUAACAAAGGUAUAUCUACUAUACCAAUCAAUCUCAGAAUAUAUUCCCCGAAUGUUUUGAACCUCACCUUGAUCGACCUACCGGGAAUGACCAAACUCCCCAUAGGAGACCAGCCGCAAGACAUCGAAGCGCAAAUUAGGAACAUGAUUUUGCAGUUCAUCAAAAAGGAUUCCUGCCUCAUUUUAGCAGUUACUCCAGCAAAUACUGAUUUGGCCAAUUCGGACGCCCUGCAAAUAGCAAGAGAAGUCGAUCCACAAGGUUUCAGAACCAUUGGUGUAAUAACAAAACUUGAUAUAAUGGAUGAAGGAACGGAUUGUAGAAACAUUCUAGAAAAUAAACUUCUACCUCUAAGGAGAGGGUACGUUGGCGUUAUCAAUAGAUCACAGAGAGAUAUUGACACCCAAAAAGAUAUCAAGCUAGCAAUUGAAGCAGAACGAAAGUUUUUCAUCAGCCAUCCAGCAUAUCGCCAUAUUGCAGACAAACUAGGGACUCCUUAUUUGCAAGAAACUUUGAAUGCACAGCUGACUGAACACAUUAGAAACACCUUACCUUCUUUGAGAGACAAGUUACAAAAACAAUUGAUAACCUUGGAAACCGAACUGGGAGAUUUUAAAAAUUUUGCUCCCGAUGAUCCUCUGAUAAAAACGAAGGCCAUGUUACAGCUAAUACAACAGUUUGCUAUUAAUUUUGAAAAAAUUUUGGAAGGGUCUAGAUCUGACGAUGUAAAUACAACAGAACUAUCCGGAGGUGCUAAAAUAAAUUGUUUGUUUCACGAAAGAUUUCCCUUCGAGAUUGUCAAAAUGGAAUUUGAUGAGGGUGAACUAAGAAAGGAAAUUGCAAUGGCCAUAUGCAACAUUCACGGGAUAAGGAUAGGCCUUUUUACACCAAGUUUGGCUUUCGAUGCCAUUGUGAAGAAACAGAUUGCUAGGUUGAAAGAACCAAGUAUGAAAUGUGUAGAUCUUGUUGUAAAUGAACUCAUGAAUAUAAUACAUUCUUGUUCACAACAGAUGUCUAGGUUCCCAAGGCUGAAAGAAGUGGUAGAAAGAAAUAUCACAAUACAUGUAAGAAGAAGAGAACAAAUGUGUAAGGACCAGUUGUCCAAUUAUGUCGAGUGUCAGUUGUCUUAUAUGAACACAAAUCACGAAGACUUCAUCGGAUUUGCCAAUGCUGAAAGUCAAGCAAAUAAAAUGAUACAUUCACACAAUCAUAAUUUAGGAAAUCAAGUGAUUCGUAAAGGUUACAUGACUUUACACAAUCUCAGUAUUAUUAAAGAUAGGAGUUUCUGGUACGUACUAUCGUCUGAUAAUCUAUCCUGGUACAAAGACGAUACUGAAAGGGAAAUUCAAUAUAUUCUACCUCUGAAUGAACUAAAAAUGAGAGAUAUCGAGACUGGGUCAUUUAUGUCAAGGAAACCAACAUUUGCCUUAUUUUUACCAAGCGGGGCAAACGUAUACAAAGAUUAUAAACAGUUGGAGCUCAGUUGUAACUCCCUAGAUGAUACGGAUUCCUGGAAAGCCUCAUUUUUGCGGGCUGGAGUAUAUCCCGAGAAACAGCAGAAUGCCAACGAAAAUGAAGAUGAAGGUGGUAAGGUGAAUGAAGAAGUUGACCCUCAACUGAAGAGACAGGUCGAAAUUAUAAGAAAUCUAGUCGACAGUUACAUGUCAAUAAUUAAGAAGUCCACAAAAGACUUAGUACCCAAAAUUAUCACGCAUAUAAUACUGAACCAUAUGAAAAAGUACAUUUUUGAAGAGCUGCUCGUUCAUGUCUAUGCUAGCGAGGAUCAGAUGAACUUGCUGGAAGAAUCACCCCUAGAAAUAAGAAGGCGUGAAGAGCAAAUGGCAAUGUAUCAAGCUUGCAAGUCAGCACUAGAUAUCAUAGGAUCAUGUUCAACGGACAUUUCAACCAAAUAUUCCGUGAAGGAAAGGGAAGAAAAUAUCUAUGGAAAUGCAGAAAUUACUCUACCUCCUGCCUCGGCAGCAUUGAAAAAAGGUUACAGAUUAUCUACUCCUCCGCCUUCAGUAAAUAGACCGGCACCACCACCCCCACCAGGUGUACGGCGUUAUAAAAGUGAAAAAAAUUUAUCACAACAGAGGUCUACUAACAAACUUCUACCUAGAUUCUAUGUUUUAUCAAUUCCGUAG